CAAGAUUUUACUAUCCGGAUUCGGAUCCGGGCACCCCGGAUGUCCUAUUUUCGGAGCGGAUCCGGAGCGGAUCUCGGAUCGAAUCCGGAUCUCGGAUAAUAAGUCCCAGGCCUAGCCACUGGAAUAAAUCACCAGCCGGGGAUUGGAGAUUCCACGGUGAUCCAUGUGACGAGGAACAGUAUAUUGUAGCGAAGACGAAUGAGGAAAUACAAUCUUUAAUGUCUCUAGUGCGUGAAGAGAUUGGGAUUGGAGAGCAUACACCUGUGGUUUUGUCGUAUCAGCUACCACCUAAUAUUCUGCUGCCGUAUGGAUCUAAGUCUGCACCAACAAACGUACUGACAGGAGAGGACGUUGAACUGAUGAUGAGUGUACAAGAGUGGACGAACGACGUCCAAUUAUGUGUCACGUUUGGAGCAACCAAUGUUGCAAAGUAUCAGUUUCUCUGCAAAGAACCCUUCACAAUAGAUGGAACUACAUUUUUUAGCGAUGGAGUAACCGAGGAAGAGCACAUUGCAGCAAUAUUAGAUAUGGCGGGGGAUGACGAGAUUGACGUAAGUGGACCUGGACACGGUGAGAUAUUCAGCGAGAAAAACCUGGUUCUUGUCUAUCGUUUGGCGUUGGAGAUUGAAAAAGCGAGAUCAAUGUUUGGUACGAACAUGAGCCGUUCUAAUGAUUUAGGUGAUGAUGGCAGAGAUGUAAACCAAAACACAAAACCACCUGAAACCGAAGAACCGCAGGAGUCUCCGAGCGAACAAGAUUUUUGCGAUGUUGAAUGGAAGGUAGAAACGCGUUGCAGGUGUGAAAGACGUAGAACUAUUCCUUACAGCCUCAACCAAACUAUUACUGAAAAGGAAAGCAGCCUUUGUCUUUGUCUUCUUGAAGUUUGGAUGCUUCCUACACAACAAUGCUGCAAAACGACUGCCAAGGAAUGCAGCACUCAUGUCCGCUUUACCAAUAACUUGAUUAUCGAAGGUUGAUCGGACAAGCUUCAUAAGAAUAUCUACGACCUGCAAGUAAUGACAUGGGUUUUGUGUCAUAAGGAGUUUGUAAUCAGUGAAGUUUAAUGAAAAUUAAUUUACCUUUCCAGGUAACAAACGAUUUCUUUCCGCUAUAUCAAUAAGGUCUUUCUCUGUAACUGACACACCCGCCAUGUUAAUAACAUUGCGAUGAACAGUCAAAUUAUCAUACGACGCCAAAUUUAUUGAACUCUAUAAAAUGUAAGAAAUACGUUGGAAAGAGGAUGUUACCAAGGUCUCGUAAGUAUUGUGGAGAGGCAAACAUACUUCUCCCGAAUAUCCGACAUCUCAUAAUACCUGUCACCACAAAGUUGUCCCUCUCGGGCACGAUUAAGAAUGGCACUCCCGCACUGGUAACCAGUAAGUAGAUACGGGGGGACUGUCCUCAACCGCUUGCUUUUCCGACAUAUAAGCGUAUCCUCCUCCCUCACCAAGCCAGGUUCAGUUUCAUUCUCUCCCAUCUCUUCGUCUUCACCACGGUUUGGAGCAUCUAUUUCCUGAGUUAGACCCAAAGAGAAGGAGGGAAUCUGGAUUACGAUUUAUAAGAUGUCCUGUUAGGAACUCUAUCCAAUUGUGUAAGCCAUUCAAGGCUGAAUAACAUUAACAUGUCAACUGAACAUACAGCUGAUCUAGGGGAGUCGUGCGUCUGGCUGUGUCCCGAAACGUUACUCAUUUGGUGGGUGAUGUCUCCAACAGGUGCAGGCGAAGACAAGUCAGCAACAUGAUGCAUUAACGGCUCCUUGGAAACCUAUAAUUACAUUUCACGUCAGUCUCCCCAGGACAUAUAUGUAACGUGGGUAUAUAAAUGUAGUAUGCUAAAAAACUCUUUCUUAGAAGCAACACCCAUAAUAUGUGCUGACUUCCAAUAAUCAUUAAAUAUAAGAAUCAGUUUACUUACGGGACAAGCCUGAAGGGAAGCAGAGGUCACUUGGUUGUUGCCUUCUAAAACAGGUGAAGAAGCAGGGAGAGGAGAUUUAUCGUGCACGUGGAGUUCGGUCGUACCCAUUCAGAUAACGGAUACUCUAAUGUUAGAAUGAGUAUUACAAGGGAUUGACAUAUCGGAAUAAGUACAUAACAAAGUUGAAAAAUAUAUAAGAGAGAACAUAAAUGAGAGACACAACAAGCCAUCUAAUCCACAUUAACAUGCGUUAGCAAGGGAAGAUUAGAACUCUUAUUCCAUGAUACUAGUAUUGCUAUAUGUCGACUUCCAAUGAACAUGUAUUGUAACCGGUUAUAAAUAUAAAAAAUCUGAUACAGUCUACAAGUGAUGCUAGGAUGAAAAACUUUCACCCUAUAGGUCCCCACUGACCCUAAAAAUUUAUAUUAACCAACACUUACAAGAAUUAGAUGAACCGAUACAGUAGUGCCUUCAUGGUUGAUGUUUCCCACACGACGACACUUUGGUAGGGAAGAGUUUUCAGGAUGAGAAGUAGCGUCCGAUCUCUGAUAAAGCAUCAACAAUACAGCUUCAAAGCGGUACGAUAACGAAAAUACUUAUUUUCUUUUAAACAAGUUGAGAAGAGAUACUAUAAAGACAUAAAUAUAUUGCCGCAGUAACCGGAUGGAGAAAUUAGAGACCGGAUAAAACUUUGAGUUUGGGUUACACGAGAACGAGUAAUACAUACAUCACAGUACGUGAUAUACUUUAGACAAAUAAUUUCAAGUGCAAGGAGAGACGGAUGAACACUUACAGGACCAUGUUUUGGAGAUCCAGGGGGGUUGAGCAAUGGCUUAGAUGUUCCAACACAUUUCCAAUUGUCUUUGCAUUCUAUUCCUCAACACGUAUGGUAGGUUGUUUAGAUGUACCUGGCAUCAAGACAUUACCAGUAGAGGGGGUGAUAUGUUGACCCUCAACAUGUACAUGAGCAUUUCCAUCCCCAACGGAUCCAAGAAUAUCAGAUUUCAUUUGCUUCAUCAUUUCAGACACAGUGGCAAGCACAUAAUCUUUGUACUGGAGAGACGACGAUGCUAACUCUUUCAUAGAAGCAAGUCCAGCUGAGAGAUUACCAUCAAGCCUCCUAAGCUCCGGUUUGAGAAUGCAAGGACAAUGGACGCAAUUUUGUCUUCAUCUGGUUCUACGUUUUGUGUCUCCUUUGCUCGGGUUUUCUUCUUCUUUCCAAUAACUUUUGAUUCUUCGCGCAUCUUGUCAACCUCUGCUUUUGUAACUCCUCCUUUGAACAUAUCCUUCGCGAACACAAAGUUGUCACAGAUGAGCUUUACAAGGUUCUCAACUUUUUUAUCGAAGACUUCGUCUGUCCAAACAAAAACAGAUUCAUCGACUGGGCGUUGUGGAUCUUGGGGAAUAAUACUCUUCACAACGACCUACGUAACAUAAAUACUUAGUUUUAGAUUUUGGAUUUAAGUAUAGAUGUAAGAGAAACGCCAAAUUGAGCUAUACCUCAGGUUUCUUAUCUACUUCCCUUGUGUGAGCAGGACUCAAUGUCUUCUUCUUUGCCUUUCUAACUGGGUACUCAAUUUCAUCAUCAUCACUUUCGGAUUCUGAAGAAGAUGGGGCAUCUUGAACAACUUCUGUCAAAGCAGGGACGGCUUCUACAAUUACAAGCUGGAGAGCAAGAGCAAACCCUUUGAGGGCGAUAGUAUUUUGAGAUAAGGAUAUCUCAUCCCUCUUUUUUAUACUACUCAUCAGCAUAUCAAAAGCAACACGCCCCCAUGGGAAAUACAAAAAUUCGUCGAGGUCUCCCAGAAGCUCAGCAUGCUCCUUCAUCAUUUUCAUCUUCAGAUUUGUCGAAAGCAACACGGACGAAACAAUAGCAAGACAUGCCAAUUUCAUCCGGAUAUCUGGAUCAGUAACCGUUUUUUUUCCGAAGCAUCUUCACCGCAGUAGAUACUCGCAUCUCUUCCAUACUACCAAACAGCUCCAGCCAAUAAGGUUUAUCGUUAAUGUUCUUCUUCUUCUUCAACUUCGGUUUUUUCGGGAUUUCACCGCAAUGAAGUCCAGUUACGAUGCUAAACUCACGCAACGAAAACCUAAUGGGCUUUCCGACGAACCGAAACCAAGCUUCGUGUUUUUUUUCGACCUUCAGCUGUCGCGAUAGUAGAAAUCAGGAAAAUCUACCGGAGAACGCGGGUUUUUCAGCAAUCUCUACGAGCUUACCAAAUGAAGACUCUCUCAGGUACUGGAUCUCCUCUUCGUUGAGUGCAUUAAUGAUGGUGUUGAUGGCUCGGGAAGACUGGUAGGUCAAAACCCUUACUCCAACGGGUUCCUCUCCCUCCACGAACAUCAUCGGAGGUAAAUCGACUUCAGUUUCAUCGACUAUGUCUUCUGGAAAUUCGACUAAUCUUGAAGCAACCAUUUCGGAUAUGUGAGAGAAAAGAAAUCGUCGAUAGAACAAAGGACUGAGAUUUGGGUUUGGACAGAGAUGAUAAAUAAUUUGGGAAGAGGAAACUCUUCAGGUUUUUGCACAAAAGAGAAAGGGUUAUUCAACUGUCCCGAUACUUUGCAUCAUUAUUACUUUUGCGUGUGCCACAACCUCUAUCUCCAAUUACGACAUACAUGUGGCAGGCCCCUAUAUUUCCCUUCUCUUAUGGAAAUAGGGACAGUUUCGGAAUUACUCUUAAAGUUACAGUAUCGUAUCCUCUUUCCUAAUAAAUUUAUCUUUCGUUGAUAUCCAGUGCAAAUUCCCUAAAAAAUAAACAUUUCGGUUUGUUUUUAGUGAUAAAGAUCCCUAGCUAUUUUUUGGAUUGGAAGAAAAAUUUCCAAUUGAAUUUUAUAUUUUUAAAUCUUCAACCAUUAAACUGUUAAUAGUAUUUUGGUUUAUAUAUAGUAUUUUCACGUAAUUGACUAUUUCAAACCUAAAUUUUUACGUAAUUUGACUAUUUCAAACCUAAAUAUAAUUCAUAGUUUUUUUGGUAUGCAAACUGUUUUUAUUUUUUGGAUACUUAUUUAGUUUUUGGUUUGGUUUUGUUUGGUUUUAGAUAUAGAUAAUUGUUUAUAUAUUUUGAACAUUGAUUUGGUUUAAUUUUUUGGUUCUGUUCAUAUUGAAUCUAAAUUUGGGUUGUUUGAAAUGAAAGUCCAAAUUCAAUGAUUGAUUAUUUAACAGAAGAUGUUUAUUAGAAAGAUAUGAGUCAGUUUCAAAGAAAAUUGUAUUGAAAUCAGUUUUAGACGAUGAACAUGUUAAGAAACAUGUUUAGACCAUAAAUCUAUAAACUUC